AUGACACAAAAUCCAGGAUACCCGAGAAGACGGGUACCAGACUACAGAGGAAGUUCAAGCUUCCCACUCCCUUUCUACCCCACUCAGAAACCACGGCCUAGCCGUAGAGUUACUCUACGAGGGCAAUUGGAUAUUCCGCAGAUCUCUCCUACAUGCAGCAGAGCUCGCAAGGCUCGGGCGAAACUACCAACACCGUCCCGGGGAGCAGCGAGAGCUUCUCAUCGCUUCCUGGAAAACGGCAGCAGCUUUACUGAUGUCGAGGCCACGCGCCAGCGCCAGCAGUGGAGAAGAGCCAUUAUUCAGUUCGACCUCGUCUCACGCAGUCUCACAGCAGAGAAGUUUUUCGUUGCAGAUAAGGCGGGCGUACACGGGAGAAUAGAACAUAAUAUUGAACAAGUCCUUGAUUCUCUUUUCGAAGCUCAAGCGCUUGACAUCUGUUGGCCGCCGCUAUCUAGGCUAUCGUGA